AUAUAAACGAGUGUGAGGAUGGAGUCAGCGUGGACUUCCCGUGCGUGAACGCUCGCUGCGUGAACACAGACGGCUCGUUCCGCUGCGUCUGCAGGAGAGGAUACGUCAUGUCCCGCAGACCAAACUACUGUGUGGCUGCGUAGACCGGACCGGUCUGGACUGGGCUCGAUUUACACCAGUAUAAACUGGUCUAGACAAUCUACUAGACUACAAUAGAUUAGACUAGACUUGGGCUUUACUACAGGGCCAUAUCUCAUAAACUCAACGCCCUUUUUUAACGCCAUACUCUCUAUGACGGCUGAUUUCUGUAUUUAUAUGUCGUGGGGAGAAUGUAGGUUGGGGGGGCAGGGUGUCGCAGCGUCACAGAUCUUAACAAAUGUUUUUGGUUGUAGUGGACAGAAUUACUGGAUUUUCUCUGGAGAAGAAAAAUAACUACAGAAUGGGAACAGGAUUAACGGAUAGUAUAAUAAAGUGACGGUAAACAUAAUUUACUAGCUCAAAAAUUAAAUAUGAAUUUUCCUAUUUUUUUGUGUGAGGACUAAGUGUGAAUAGUUCUCUAUUACUCAAGAGGAUUAAACAGUUUUUGAUCGUAUUUUUAUUACACAUAAUGUUAAAUGUACCUUUAGUGAUUUAUCAGUCAUCGUUUGGGAGGACCCAUUGUGCUGAUAAGUUUGUAUUUUGCUUGGAAAGUAGAAGCUAGCAGGCUAGGCUAGAUAGCUAGUUAGCCCUUCUUGCUUACGUUAGCUCUGACUGUUACCUUUACCUGUCUCACACUCAGUGCUGUGUUCAUCCAGAAAGGGUAAGAUAGCAUUAGCCAUCCCUCGUUAACGGGUCCAGUUGUGCUGACGAUCUAUAACCGUGAUCUAUACAGCUUACAACGUUGCUAAUCCCAACGUCAAAAUAAAAUUCACACCAGCUGGAAAACACUCACGUAGGAGGCGCUGUCACAAAAAAUAUUGAAAAAUAUUAACUUAACUUAAUUUAUGUUAAGUUAAACUUUGCCUGCUUUCCUACAACAAGUAACUGAGUAAGUUAACACUAAAUUGACUUUUUUAAGUUAGUAAAUUAUUUGUUCAGCCACUUAAGUACAACCUCACUUGGUUUUGGUCCCGAUUUAUUGUGUUCAUUGUCUCAGCAAUUCUUUGCUUUAAGAUUCCAGAAAAGAAAGGAUCAGGAGUUAAGUGUUUACGUUCAAUGUGGGGAUUAAAACCUCACACAAAGGUAUGUUAAAAUGUGCAGUGUAAGUUAAAACAGUACAAAUAUAAAAUCCACAUGAUUUCUGCCCAGUCUAAACCAGUCUAACCCUGUUUAGCCCAGUGUUUAAACCAGGCUAACCUCCAGGCUUGCUCUAAUUAGCCUCGUAGUGCAAACCAGGCCGGCCUUCACUGUGCCAAAGUUCAUCAACCACAACUCUUGUUUGGACGUUUAAUGUAUUGAAAAGUCUGCUAGGUUAUUUUCAGUGGUAGAAAAGUGCUUUGAGACGUGUGAAGUUGUGCAGUAGAAGAAGAAACAGUAAUGUGUGUUUGUUAUAUUAGGAAACUAAACAGACUUCACCGGGUGACACCUGCAGAGAAACACUCAGCUCAGAUCAGGUGAAAAACAAUAACUUUACAUUUGAACUUGCUAAAAAACAGAGGGAACGACAUUAACAUCACCUUAUACUGUAGAUCUUUGUCUAACUGACGCCCAGGUGUGUAAACUGUAUUUGUAUGAUUUUUAGAAUGCAUUACAUUCAUAAUCUACAGCAUAAUAUAUAUAAAACACCACGUUCACUAUCACCACAAAUCACCAAUCUGUUUAAUAAAGCAAAGAUUUAAAGGGCGUCAUCUGGAGACGUAAACAAAGAAGAAAACGUCGUCUGACUUUUGUUAAUGAAUGAAUUACAUGAAGUAAAACAAUUAAAAGUAAUGUUGGCUGCUUUAAUUACAAUCCCACUCUUCAUUUUAUAGCUCGAGCCUAAAUUUACCAAACAUAUCUGACCCCAUUGCACGCUACAGAAAAGUUAUGCUAACGUUACUAUUUUAAGCAACCUAGCAGUAACUAGUGUUGCUCAUGUAGAAACUACAGUUUGUUCUGAUGUUGUUGAAAUAAUUUCCAACACACUCCAUGUGCAUUGGUAAUGAUCCAUCCCCUAGCUAGGAACUAGCUAAGGUUAGUGUUCUUACCUGCUGUUAAUAUGCUGGGUUAGCUAAUAGCUGGCUUAAUUGGAGGAGCAUUGUUCUACUUGAAAAAUUAUUUGUGCUGCAGCCAUUGAAAUACAAAGGACAUGACUCAUGAAUCCCAAGUUGAUCCAUUUAAGUUUAAUUACAAUUUAGUUACAAUUUUAUAUUCUGGCUUAGUUUUUUUUAGCUUGUUAGCUCAAUGGCUAAUAAACAGGCUGGAAAGUGUUAGCUUGUGCGUGGAAAGUAAAAGAGUUUAAGGAGCUUCGUCUUGCUUAGUUACAGCUAUUUAGUUUUUCACUUGACAUAUGAAGGUGGUGUAAAUCUCCACACUGCCCAGAUGUAAUUCUGUUGGAUAAAAUAAAAAUGAUCUUGAUUAAAUUUUAAAUUAAUUUAAUAUUACAAGAGUCAAAUUUAAAGAUAAUUAAUAUGGAAAAUAUUAGAAACCCAAUCAUAGGUAAGAAAAUCAUAUCUAAUGGAGCCACCGGUUGCCCUGUUCUGUUUUCCCAUUUUAAUCUUUUCUUUAAACAAUCUGCUCAGUCUGGCAGGCUGGCUCUAAAUACUACUAUACCCAUGAUCCUCUGCAGCCAUUGCCAGAGGUGUGAAUCAGAGAUGUGACGUUAGUGAAGUCAGAACGCUUUAUCCUGAAAUUUGUGAACAAAAGGUGAUUCCAAAAUUCAAAAAUAAAUAAUUUUUUUUAUUUACACUGCAGGUUGUUAUGUAUGCACUGUGACGGACUUACAGAUACCAUAAAAGUUUUAAAAUCAACACUGCCUGUGUGAACGAUUAAUUAAAAACACUUUGAUUGAUUUUCACUAUACCAAAAACAAUGAAUGUGCGAGAUCAUUCUGGCGAUAUUCAAAUCCCGUGUUCAGACUCAGACCAGCAGUGAAAGUAUACUAAGAAAGCCCGUUCUCAUUACCAGGUUCACGUCCUUCAGCAUCUGGUACCGACGCACAUGGCAGCGUUUAGCCUCAUAGUUCAACACUAAAAGAAAGCCUAGUAUAAAUAACACGUAUGUCUGAGUAAGGAGGAGGUUGGGGCGGACGGGCGGCGCCGAAACCGGACUUUCACCGAGGAGCCGGUGUUCGUUUCCCGUGUAAAACAAAAAGUCAACAUUGAUUGUUAAGUCACGUAAGUAAUGUAGUUAUUGUAACCCAAAACCAUGAAGUGGUCACAUACAGACCAAGCGGAAGCUUCCAGUCAGCGAUCUGAUGCAAACGCGGAAGUCCCUUAAACCUGCAUU